CCUAGCAGUGGCCCUAUCCAUCAUGGGGGAUCGGAAUAUAUCUCGACCUUCCGCCCCUGAGCUCACUUCGGGUCAUGAUGUUCAGGACCAUGACUUGACGAUGGCCGCAUACAAGGUAAAGGCGAUGGAGGAAAUUGUAACCGAUUUGGUCGAUUUCAAGAAAUCAAUGACGGAGGAGCUUUGCUUACUACGUGCCGGUAGUGCUAACACCAGUCGACCCAAAACAACGACGAUUCCAAAUGAGGAUGAGGCCGUUAAUACUUACCCUAGGUCGGAUCGGAAUAUACCUCGACCUUCCGCCGCUGAGCUCACCUCGGGUCAUGAUGUUCAGGACCGUGACUUGAAGUUAUCGGUGAUGGAGAAAUCUCUAACCAAAGUGGUCGAUUUUAUGACAUCAAUGAUGGAGGACAUUCGCUUAGUACGCGCCAGUAUUGUUAACCCCAGUCGACCCAAAACGACGGCGAUUCCAAAUGAGGAUGUGGUCGUUAAUCCUUACCCAAGCUCGAUCGAGGAGGAGGAGCAUGCACCAAUGACAGUAUAUCAGGGGGAAGAUAGAUCUGUGAUUCUGGUGGUGAGUUUAUACGAUCAAAAGUACACUAAUGCAAUUUAUGAAAUUAAAUUCAAAGGAGGAGAUAUGGUCGGAAGAGAUGCCAAAACCCUAGUACAUAAACCUCUAGCCACGUUUUCUGAUGAUGGUUUCCUUAAGAGUGCAAGAAUCCGCUCCAAUUUAUACUUACUCCUAGUGGAGGAUCCCUUCCGUGCCUACCCCAAUAACCCAAAGGGGGGACGUAUUUUUGACAUAAAGACUAGGUCAUUGCUUAAGCAAACCAUUCCUCGGACCAGUGCUUUGGACCAAGAUGGAUGUGCGGUUUCUGCUUAUGAAAAGCUUUAUUAUUUUGCAUCUCCAACAUCUAGAAAACAAUCCCUUGUGAGGUAUGAUCCUGAUCAGGAUGUUUGGGAUCCAAUGCCUCAUUGUCCAUUUUACAAUGGCUAUGAAUCUCGUAUGCGUAUAAUUGGUUAUGCUAUUUAUUAUGGUGUUUUUGUUCUUUGCUUGUAUGGUAACGACGACAGUUACGAUGUCAUUGCUUUUCACGAGACUAGAAUGGGAAAGGAAUGGAAUAAAGUGAACGUUGAUUCUUGUGAUGCUCCUUUCCAAGAAAGGGCUGUGGUUGUAGGCAAGUCUAUCUAUGCCAUAAAUAUGCCUCGGGAGGAGGAGAUUGUAGCAUUCUCCUUUGAUAUGGUUGAAGGUGAUGGCGGUGAUAUUGAGUACUCACUGAUAAAACAGUUUGUAUUGCAUGGCCUGCAGAUUGAACAACCGCCAUUUGAAUUUUGUCUCGCAAGGAAACAGUUUUUGAUUCAUUUGGGAAACCAGGACUUUUUUCAUAUUAAGAUUAGCCCUUGCGAAUCAAUUGUCUGGGUUCAAUAUGUAUGUAUCACUAUGUUUCAAAUUGUUGUUCAAGGAGGGGGACAUAUGAUAAAGACCUUACAUUCAACUGUUUUUCCUCUGGACAUGGAGGGUUGUCGUUGGUUUGAGCUUAUGUACUGCUUCACACCUGAGUGCGAGGAUUAUGAACCCAAGCAAGAUGACAAAGCCAACUAGGGAAUAGCAGGCAAGAAGGAAGAUGUAGACCCCAAGAUUAAGAGGGCGACAGAGUCUGCUGAAGGUUGUGUGAAAGACUUCAUCUUUGGAUCAAAAAGGCAACCUGAAAGAGAAAUUGAGAAGCUGGCCCUUAACAGUGCAAAGGAAUAUCAUUAGUCUUUUUUUUGGGAAACAAAAAAAGAAGAACAUCCUUAAUUAAAUAGGCAGUUAACAAUGUAUUGAGAAUGAUUCUACUGUUCUUGUUAGUUUUAUGUGGUGAUAUUUGGACCUUAUGUGGUGAUAUUUCAUGUUUUGUUUCAUUUCAUGUAUGAUCUUCACCUUGCUGCUGAGAUAAAACCAAAUUCAGUAUGGA